UCCCCGCGCUAAACCCGCGCGCCACCAUGAAAAUUGCCACGGAAACUCGUUUGGGAUUCAACGAGCAUUAUAAAGUUGCUCAACUACCGCCGAGACAUUCAGUUUCUCCGAAUAUGUUCACCAAGACACUACGGGGUGUUCUGUGCCUUUGUGCCCUCGGUACGAUCUUCUCAGCGCCUCCGGCUGUUCUAGCACAGUCGUCGUACAAAAUAUGCGUUCCUCACAAUCUCCAGAAGGCCUGUGAGGAUCUAAUGGGAUCCAAAUCCAAUGAGGAUGUUACAAUUGAAUGCGUUCCCGGAAGGGAUCGAAUGGAAUGCCUGAAUUUGGUUAAUAAACGCAAAGCGGACUUUAUGGCCGUUGAUCCUGAAGACAUGUACGUUGCGUACAAAAUGAAUAAUCAGGACUUUGCUGUAUUCUCUGAAAUACGAACUCUGGAGGAGCCACAAGCUGAAUUCCGUUACGAAGGAAUUAUGCUUGUUCGCAAAGGCUCCCCAAUUGCCUCCCUGAAUGAUCUUCAGGGUAAGAAGUCCUGCCACACGGGCUAUGGACGAACUGUUGGGUAUAAAGUACCCAUAACGAAGCUACGGAAGCAUGGAAUUUUCAAACUUGACAGUGAUCCUACACUUCCGGCUGUUGAGCGGGAACUCAAAGGACUCUCGAAUCUCUUCUCUCAAUCUUGCCUUGUUGGCACUUAUUCGCCUAAUGAUGAGAUCAAUCGAUCACUGAAGAAGAAGUACCCCAAUUUGUGUGCUCUCUGCGAAGAUCCAGCUAAAUGCGACUACCCGGAUAAAUAUUCCGGUUAUGAGGGGGCUAUUCGGUGCUUGGUUGAAAAUGGCGGAGAUGUAGCCUUUACGAAAGUUAUUUUUGUCAAUAAAUACUUUGGGCUUCCUGUUGGGAAUAAUCCUGCAGCACCGGCUACGGGAACGGCUAAUCCUGAUGAUUAUGAGUACCUCUGUGAAGAUGGAUCCCGUCGUCCUGUAACAGGACGUGCCUGCUCCUGGGCUCAACGUCCAUGGCAGGGCUAUAUGGCUAAUGGCGAUCUACGGGGACGCUAUGCAAAACUUCAGGAAGUCCUGAAGGAAGCCUAUGAAGCAGGAAAGACUUAUUCCAAUACAGACUUAGCCAAGAGGAUGCUGGUUAAGAAGGAUAAUGUUGUUGUGAGUAAGGAUGAUCCUGUUCUACCAGGAGAGCAUCUAACAAGGGCACAGUAUAAGGAUGUUAUUGCAAGGCCAGGUCCUUAUGAGCAUACAACUAGAUUCUGCGUAUCCGACACCAUAGCUCUGAGGAAGUGCGAAGUAAUGAGGAAAGCAGCCUUCUCCCGGUACAUCAGGCCUCAGUUCCAAUGUUUGCUGAAGUCAGUUGAGGAGUGCGCUGAAGCCGUUCAAAAGGACGAAGCUGAUGUUGUUGUGUUUCGAUCGGAGGAAUAUGAAAUUGCCCGAAAGCACAAUCUCGGUGCUGUUCUUUAUGAAUCCUCAGAAGCUAAUGAUGUCUUUGUAGCCGUUGUCAACAAGGACAUCAAGAUGGAUCUGCUGAAAAAGGCUACUCUUAAUUUCAACAGCAACGACCCUCGUGCUGUUAACGCAGCUCUCUUUUUCAAUGAGAAGCGAGGCAUUAAAUCCUGCCCAGGGGAUAUUUCAAGCACUGACAAUGGCCUGGUUAAAAUUGUCAAGGCAAAGGAUCUGAAGGAUGACGGGGAUCAGGAGCUGAUCUGUCAAGACUUAUCCCGAAAAUCUCUGCAGGAUUACAAAGAUUGCAACUUUGAAGCAACCCUUCCGACUGCUGUCUUUGUUCGUAAUGCUCUGGACAGCAACAUUUUGGACGGAAUCAUUCAUAGUUUCUCCGAAGCUUCUGAAGAUUUUGGCAAAAAUGCCCCAACUGAGGAUGUUUUCGAACUCUUCGGGGAGUUUGAACCAGGCUUCAGGAAUGUCAUCUUCAGCGAUGAUGCUGUAAAGCUCGUAACAUCAUCCAAUGCAAUCUCAACAUUCGAUGAGACUCACUACAACAAGCUUCGUUGUAUCAGCGAAUAAAAUCAGCUCUUAUCUCAAAUAUAAUUUUCUUUUCCUGACUUUCCAGAAAGAUCAUUCCCAACAUAAAGACUGUUUGGCAUUUAAGUUUUGUGGCAAAAAUAAAGAAAAUUCUGAGCUGAUCAA